CCCUUGCGAUGGAUUGAGUGGUAAUAAAGAUGGUGGUGCUGCUGCUCACUGUCACAGGGCUCUGUGUCAUCGCUUCUCUUCUCCUGAUUCCAUACAUCAGGCGAUAUGCUGCUGCUGGAGUGUGCACAUCCAGUGCAAGAUUGGAUGGGAAAACAGUGUUGAUUACUGGGGCUAACUCUGGAAUUGGAAAAGAGACAGCAUGGGAACUGGCAGCGAGAGGUGCUCGGGUGAUCAUGGCAUGCAGAGAUUUGGUAAAGGCAGAAACUGCAGCACAGGAGAUCCGCGCAGACACCGGGAAUGAACAAAUAAUCGUUCGGAAGCUAGAUCUUGCCGAUACCAAGUCUGUACGACAAUUUGCAGAAAAUAUAAUGAAAGAGGAAAAAAUGAUCAACAUAUUGAUUAACAAUGCUGGUAUGAUAAUGCUCCCCUACACGAAGACAGUUGAUGGGUUUGAAAUACACUUUGGGGUACACCAUCUAGGGCAUUUCUUGCUGACUCAUCUCCUUCUAGACUUCAUUAAAAAAUCAUCUCCUGCUCGUAUUAUUAAUGUGUCAUCCUUUGCACACAACUUCGGUCGGAUCAAUUUCAAAGAUUUGCAGAGUGAAAAGAGUUAUUCAGCGGGCCUAGCUUACUGCCAAAGUAAAUUGGCAAAUGUGCUGUUUACCCGGGAACUGGCCAAGAGGUUACAAGGGACCAAAGUGAUUGUAAAUUCUGUGCACCCAGGCACCGUUUUCACAGAGAUAACCAGACAUUCCUCAGCCCUGACCCUGGUUUGGAAGGGUCUCUCUUUUCUUUUGAAAACACCACGAGAGGGUGCACAGACCAGUGUACACUGUGCGGUCGCUGAGGAAUUGCAAGAGAUUUCUGGAAAACACUUCAGUGAUUGCACCCCUGCAUUUGUGGCACCCCAAGGCAGGAAUGAUGAAACAGCCAGGAAGUUAUGGGACGUAAGCUGCAAUCUUCUGGGAAUUCAAUGGGACUGAGCGCCUGAUACCAAAAUUGAAGGGAAUCUGGAUUGUAAAAGUGUGGACCACUGAAGAUUUUUUGUGCAAGUUGUCUCAAGAUCACUUUUUAAAUUAAAAAAUGGAUCGAUUACACAACUAGUUGACAUAGUAAAUUGCUGGUCAUGUCAGCUGGUUUCUGAAGGUGCGAAGACGGUUUAGGAAUUUUAUCUGGACUUUAAAGAUAAAUGUUUCGGAUCAAGUUGUCAGAUUGGUUGCUUUGUGAUGAUAAUAAUAAUCCUUGCAUUUGAUAUAUGAUAAUCUGAUUGCACAAUUAUGCUGUCAUAAGGUUUAUUAAUUCAUCAGCUGCUGUAAGCCAUGUUUAGAAUAAUCGUCCAUACACUAUGCUAGCUUGGAAACUUGGCUGAAGUUUUCAGACUCUAAACACGGGGUUGUAAGUGGGCAAAGAAACACUGUGCAACGAAAAAAGAAUGUGCAAAAAUGUGAAAACUUGUUUUAAAAGCAGUGUUCAAUUUGCAUGCUCUCAGCCAUUGCAAUUAUUUGAUUGUUUGUAUAAUGGAUAGGUUGAUAAUAAAUUGGUCAUUUUCAAACUACGACUGUUUGUGGGACAUUGCUGUGUGAAAUUGGCUGCCGCGUUUGCCCACAAAUAUACAGUCAAUUCACUUUACAGUAUAUUGUGUGAAGCGCUUUGGGAUGUCCUCCCGACGUGAAAAGCGCUAUAUCAAAUGCAAGGAUUAUUAUUAUUAUUAUUGAUGUAAAUGAUUGAAGAAUGUUCUUUAAUUUGCUAACUGUUGUCCAUGAAUUUUCCAUUACUCGAGUAGAACUUUAUCAUUAGUCACAUUGAUUUUAAGAUUUACAGCCUUUUGAAAAUGCUUCUUCCCGAGGCAUUGAGCUCUAAGUCUUUAUUUAGAUUUAUGAUGUUGCAUCAUUAACUUUUAAGGUCAAUAAUGGUAGCUAUUCACUCUUUCACAUUCACAUUCACUCUUUGCACUUUGGCAAUUUAGUUGGUUUCUUUUUUGCUACACUGUGACUUUCAGAUCACUUAUAUAAGUAAGGUUUGUGUGCUUUGUGCACUACUUGAUAUUUGCAUACUGUUGUCAGCUGAAGUUUCACGCAGGCGCACGGCUAGUGCAUUUUUGUUACAUUGGUGCAACACACGACAUUUUUCAGAAAUAAAUUACCAGUUUUGUUUACAUGGAAUCAACAAAGUAGAAAAAACUCGUAUUUACUGAAUAGCUAUAACCCAAAGUUCUGUUUUUUCACUUCCAAGCAUCCAACUUUGAGUGAAGGCAAAUCAAAAUGGGAUUAUGCUACUAAAUUUACUUGAUAUAAAUUCACUAUGUUUUUUUUAAUAAAGGCUCCCUACAAUUAAAAUAAGUAAAUUAUAAUCAAUAUAUUGGGAAUAAAAUUAAAACAAUUGGUUCAAAAGGGUUUCACAUUUAAUGGAACUAUGUCAUCAACUGUGGAUUCUGUGGACUCACCAAAGUUGAUGCAACACCACAAACGUUCAUGAACACCUGCCAUUGUCUCUGGAGUCUGAGGCAUAGACAUAGGGAAUCUGAUCAUCACGCAUGAAAGAAAUUCAUAGGCCUUAUGUAAAUAAAAAUUAUAAAGUUGAUAUUUGCAAAUGACAUGCUUACUGUUGUGCAAAGCGCAGAAUUGGAUCAGUUUAAAGUUAAAAGUUAGGCAUUGUUAAAGCCUACCUGAAAUAAAUCCAUUCUUACAGGAAUAAACCAUCA